UGUUAUCAUGCAAUUAACUUCCAGAUGAAAGAAGAUCUAACCAAAAAUGGAAAGAAAUGGCGACCCUCCCGCCAGUCUUCGAGAAGAGGAUGAUAGGAAUUCAGUAGCGACGCUUCCGACGUGCAGUGUAAAAACACAAUAUUUGCGGUCGGAUACAAACAAGACAGUUUCUGGAAAUAAUAUUACGCGCUUUCUAGAACGUACUUAUUGAGCUGUAUACUGUUCUGUGUGGUGUAUUUUAGCUUGGAUAUAAGAACAUGCUCGCGGUGCUGCUUUUGUGCGAAAUGUUGGUGGUGGUCGCAUCGAAAUCCACCCAAAGCUUGGAAGAGGAUUGCUUUUGCCCGAAGAUACAAAAGAAACUGACAGAGAUAGAAGAGAAGUUAUUAGUUGUAUUAGGGAAAGCAGAAGAAUGGAUGCCGUAUAUUCCUGUCGUUCACGAAUUACGUCAAACUGUGGAGCUUCAAGAGAAUGCCAUUAGAGAACUAAAAGAAAAAAUUCAGUCGCCUGCACUUCCUGUGCCAGAAGCCUUAAUCAUGAAACCGGAGGUUAAUGAACAGGAGAUAAAUCUUUUAAAGAAAGUGGAAAUGAUGGAGAAUUUGACAAUGGAAGUUCAAGAAGAACUGGAGAGUGAAAGGCGAGUUAGGCGACAUCUUGAGGAAGAUCUCAACGAAACUCGUUAUUCAAUCAAAACUCUUGGAGAUCGACUUCAGAACGUGACCCUUCCAGUCGAAGCACAGACAGAUUACGUAGAAUUAGUUGUACUUUCUACCCUCGAUACCAUGAACAUGACUUCUUUAGGAGAUAAUUUGCAGAAAUUAUACUACAAGGUGGACGGAGUAGCAUACAAAAACGAAACGAG